AUGGCGUGCGAUUAUGCGGUUUCUCCCGAUGGACACGAGAGACAGUUCACCGCAAACCAUCUCGGGCCGUUUUUGUUCACGAAUCUCAUCAUCGAAAAAGUCCUGGCUUCUUCUGCGCCUCGAAUUGUCAAUAUUAGCAGCGAAGGCCAUCGGCUGAGUCCGAUCCGCUUUGCGGACUAUGACUUUGAUAACGGGAACACAUACAACAGGUGGUACGCCUACGGACAGUCCAAAACGGCAAACAUGCUCUUUGCGAUAUCGCUGGCGGAGAAACUGGGAUCUCGUGGGCUGCUUGCUUUGAGUCUGCAUCCUGGUGUCAUAUUUGGCACCAGCUUAGCGACGCAUUUGAAUUUCGACGACGACUUCAACGAAUUGCGAGCCGUGGAUCGAGCUCAAGGAAACGCAGAGGGCUGGUCCGAGUUCAAACCCAAGUCCGUAGAAUGCGGAAUUGCAACCCAUGUAUAUGCUGCAUUCGACCCUGGUCUGAAAGGUCAGCUACCCACACACGGUACUGCUAGCUCAAUGGAGACUGACGGCCUCCAGCUCAUAACGGCGCGUAUCUUGUCGACUGCCACGUAG